GGGUGCAGUGCGAUCAAGUUCCGACAACACAGCCGGCUUGUUUUCCUGUUCAAAGGAAACGUUAAGGGUUUCCCCCAGAUCGGUACAGAAUCCCGGCAAAUCACGAUUCUUGUGUGAUCGGCUCACACACUUUGAUCUGUAACUAAUUCAGAGUGUUUUGGGAUGUGUGUGUGUUGUGACAGCAUGCUCAAAGGUUUGGAAAUGUAGUCCAACACUGUGCAUCGUUCGAAACUUUUGAUCUUCGUACAUCCGGCUUUCAUCUGUUCGCGAGCGCGUUGUUGCAUUUUCAAAGUGUUACAUUGUAACAUUGUUUGCGAAACUUCUCCGACGGUGGUGCUGGUGCGGAGACAUGAUGUGAAAGCUACACGUUAGGACUCGGGUUACCUGAUCAACGUCUUCACCUGGUCACGCGGUCGGAGAGUCAUCUAACCCAGCAGUGAGCUGUACAGUCAGCUAAGCAUGGAUCAUCACAUUGUGUUUAGUACCCUGGAGACGGUGUGCGAGGAAACCGUCUCUGCCAUCUCUAUGCAGGCAAGUCUGCUAGAGAAUGAUGCCACCAGUCACCUUCUGGCAACAGUGAGACGCAUUCAGGAACAUGGGCGCGCUGCCAGCGCUCUGGUCAGUGGCUUUGCUGCUGUGUAUCACCAUUUCGAUUUUAACCCAGAGACGCCUGCAAACGGCUACCGCACCUUAGUCAAGGUGGUCCUUUCCUGUGUGCUGCACAUAAUCCAGAAGAGCCGUUACAUCACAUCCAACUGCUCGGGAAUAUUUUUCCGUGUGGAGCACAAUGCUCGUGAAUUGGAGGUGUACUGCAUGGCGUUUUGCCAGCUGCGGGCACUUCUCUACCUGGCAAAGCACUUACUUGAGAACAAUGAACAUUGGCAGCUCCAUGCACUGGAUAACGAGGACCUAAGCAGGAGAUUUGUUAACGCGUACACAUCUAUGCACAAGGGCUGUUUCUAUGGACGUUGCCUGGGGUUUCAGUUCGCUCCAUCUCUCAGGCCUUCCCUACAGACUGUGGUCAUCAGUAUGGUGUCAUUAGGAGAGAACUACAACAAACAGCAGACUGGAAUAGGACGGGCAGCACUCUCAGUCAUUACAUCUGGGAAGUAUGUGCUCGAUCCUGAGCUGAGGGGGGCGGAGUUUGAACGCAUCACGCAGAACCUGGAUAUGCACUUCUGGAAAACCUUUUGGAACAUCACUGAGAGCGAGCUAAUCUCGGGUUUAGCGAGGAUCAGAUCAGAUACCGUGGAGGUGAAUAUGACUCUAAAUAUUCCAGGUGAGCCGCUGACUUUACCUUUAGCCUCAGACCCAAGUCUCUCGAUCAAAGUGUCGCCUCCCAUUGCCCACUGGGGGCCAGGACCCGUUCAUGUGCGUCUCAUCUCCCACGUGCUCCGCCAAGGACAGGAAAGUGCUGAGUUGCUCUCAUACUCUCAGUCUGAGAGAUCUGGAAGCUCUGGUAGCUCCAGGCAUCAGUGUGGCCCCCUCUCUCCAUUCCUCCUCAUCCACUUUCAUGGGGGCGGAUUUGUGGCACAAACCUCUAAAUCUCAUGAAAGUUACUUAAAGAGCUGGUCAAAGGAAUUAAAUGCGCCCAUUCUAUCCGUGGAUUACUCCCUGGCCCCUGAAGCCCCCUUUCCUCGGGCUCUAGAAGAAUGCUUCUAUGCUUAUUGCUGGGCUCUAAAGAACUGUAACUUACUGGGCUCGACAGCAGAGCGUGUAUGUCUAGCAGGGGACAGUGCUGGUGGUAACCUUUGCAUUACUGUCUCAAUGAAGGCCAUUUCUCACGGAGUGAGAAUCCCCGAUGGCAUCAUGGCUGCCUACCCGGUGACACUCGUGAUUCCUGCUGCCUCACCAUCACGGUUUCUCACGGUCUUCGACCCAGUGUUACCCCUAAGUGUGCUUUAUAAGUGUAUUAAUGCAUACACUGGUGUGGAUAGUGUGUCGGUGCAGCCCAGACAGCGGCUAGACACUCUGAGCGCUUUGGGACAGGACACUGCGCUUUUACUUGAAAACAUCACACAACAAGCUUCCAACUGGCUGCAGUCUCUGCUGGACCGCACACCUACCCUACCUGUUAAGUCAUCUGAUAGUUCUCAAAACGCCAUGCCAAAUUCUGCUGAAAUACUGCGGGCCUUGAUAGAAUUCCCAGAUGGCUUUGAACCGCUGUGCUCCGGCUGUCCGGUAAAGAUUGAUAUCCCCUGGACACCUCUCAUGAAGAAUCCAUUUGUAUCUCCUCUCCUUGCACCUGACAAUCUUCUCAGGGGACUGCCACCUAUACAUAUAGUGGCUUCAGCUUUGGAUGCUUUCUUGGAUGAGUCUGUGAUGUUUGCAAAAAGGUUGAAGAACAUUGACCAAACGGUGACGCUGACUGUAGUGGAGGACAUCCCACACGGCUUCCUCAGCCUAGCACAACUCUGCAAAGAAACUAGGGAUGCAGCGGACAUUUGCGUAGCACGAAUCAAGGAAGUCUUCCAGCAAGACACAGCACAUUGAAACUCUGAUGGAAUUUGCCUAAUGAUUAAACAUCUAACCCUGAUAAUACCUGAAUCUGGGCCACUUUCGGCAAAGAUGUGGCUCGGUUGGUCCACUUUGGCA